AUGGAAAUCAGGUUCGAGGUUGGCAACAGGGUCGGGGGACUGCACUGUGAGGUUGUGGGACCUGUUCACGGAGACACCUGUACACACUUGCAAGAUGGGGCCAAGGGCCAGAAGUUAGGGACCCUGAAGGGCCAUACUGGUCCUAUCACAUGUGGUACUUGGCAACCCUUCCACCUGUUGGGUGAUGGACAGUUAGUGCCCAACAUCGCUGCUGGGUCGAAGGAUAUGAGCGUUAGAGUGUGGGAUGGUUCUAACUAUACUGUGAUGUAUGCGCUCACUUCUCACACAGCACCUGUGACGUGUCUACGGUGGACAGGAGAGGGCUACAUCAUAUCAGGCAGUCGUGAUAGAAUGUUGAAGGCCUGGUCGACUAAGGAUGGCCGUAUGCUGAGGGAGUUCAGGGGCCGCGCGCAUUGGCUUAAUACGGUGUGCUGCAAUACGGACUAUGUGACGUUGAAGACCGGGUGCUUUGGUGAGAAGGACCAGCCAGCGACGACCGAGACUGCCGUGGCUGAGCUCAAGGAGAGGGCCUUACAGAGGCGGGCUCUGUAUAAUAAGAUGAUCCAGCGAACAGGAGGAGUGGGUGAGAGGAUUCUCUCUGGCAGUGACGAUUUCACAAUGUUCCUGUGGAGUAUGGACAGAUCACGCGUGGAUCAGGAUCCGCAUACCGGCCCAGAUGGGCGCAUGAUCGCUAGCGCUAGCUUUGACAAGUCUGUACGUUUCUGGGACGGGGUCACUGGAAAGUUCAUCUGCGCCCUACGUGGUCACGUGGCUGACGUGUAUAUGGUGUCGUGGUCAGCUGAUAGUUGUGUGCUUGUCUCUGGGUCUAAGGAUUCCACUGUGAAGGUUUGGGAUGCCGUUGAGCGUAAGUUGAAGGAAGACUUGCCCGGCCAUGCAGAUGAGGUCUUCGCUGUUAAUUGGAGUGGUGACGGCGCACGAGUAGUCAGUGCUGGUCGCGAUAAAGUUGUUAAAAUAUGGAAGCAUUGA